CAGCAGCUGCAGCCCCUUCUCUCUCUAUAAUAGUUCCUCCUCUCCCUCCCAUCCACACCUCUUCUUCUCUAUCUUCAGCUCCACUCCAGCCCGGCCAGCCCAGCUGCCUCCACCAUGGGCGACCCCUACACCAAUUUCCUCAGAGGCUACUACUCCCACUUCCCUCCCUCCUUCCCCACCAGCAGCUACGCCUCCUCCUACCUCCACCCGCCUCCCCCCUCCCCUCCCAUAAGGGAAGCCCUCCCGCUCCUCAGCAGCCUCACGCCGUCGUCGUCGGCCGCCAACCACCACCAACACCACGACGAGGUCGCCCGAGAUCACAAGGCCUGCAGCCGCGCCACCUCCUGCAGAGGCCAGGACGCGGCCGAUCAGGCCGCCGGGGAGGUCACCGUGGCCUUGCACAUCGGCCUGCCCAGCCCCAGCCCCUCCGAGUCCGCGGCAGGCGGCGGCGACACCCGAGAACCGGCGGCGGAAGGGAGCAGCAGCCUGCAGCAGCCAGGGGACGGCCAUGAAGGAGGAGGAGACGGCGAGGAGGACGCGGACGACGGGGAGGACGCCGCCAUGGCGGUCGGCUGCGCGUCCAUCGGCAUCGGCAGGCUGACGAAAGGGCAGUACUGGAUCCCCACACCGUCGCAGAUCCUCAUUGGGCCCACCCAGUUCUCCUGCCCCGUCUGCUACAAGACCUUCAACCGAUACAACAACAUGCAGAUGCACAUGUGGGGCCACGGGUCGCAGUACCGCAAGGGGCCCGAGUCGCUGCGCGGCACGCAGCCGACGGCGAUGCUCCGGCUGCCGUGCUACUGCUGCGCGGCGGGGUGCCGGAACAACAUCGACCACCCGCGGGCGCGGCCGCUCAAGGACUUCCGGACGCUGCAGACGCACUACCGGCGGAAGCACGGGAUCAAGCCCUUCAUGUGCCGCAAGUGCGGCAAGGCCUUCGCCGUGCGCGGCGACUGGCGCACCCACGAGAAGAACUGCGGCAAGCUCUGGUACUGCGCCUGCGGCUCCGACUUCAAGCACAAGCGCUCGCUCAAGGACCACAUCCGGGCCUUCGGCAGGGGCCACGCCGCCUGCGGCAUCGACUGCUUCGACGACCUCGACGACGACGACCGCGACCCCUCGUCGGAGGUCGACCACGCCGCCGGCGCCGGCGGUGGUGGUGGUGCUGCUGCUACCAACCAUACCAGCAGCAACACUGCUGCUAGCGCCGCCGCCGCUACUGCCGGCGGCGCUAGUUCUCGCCGUCACCACCACUGGAAGCCGCCGCCGCCGCCGUCGAGAGGCUCCGGCGGCGACCGGCUGCUAUAGGGUGAGUACGCACGUACGGUACUGCUACUAGCUAGUACAAUCGUGGGUCGAUCUGAUCUGUAGCCAGAUGCAAACGUAUACUUGUGCGUGUGUAACCGUCUGAUGUGCGUGUGUUGCCGGGAAGCGAGGCAGCAGCUGAUUUAGUAAGCAAGGGUUUCCAUUAAUCAAUCGAUGAACUGAACAUACACACAUGAUUAAGCAUGCAGGAAGGUUUGAUGUGUGCAUGGUUAUAUAUAUAUAUAUAUAUAUAUAUAUAUAUAUAUAUAUAUAUAUAUAUAUAUAUAGACACACACACUUAAUUAAGGUUCUAAUCCUCAGCUGGGGGUAGCCCGUAGCCUAGCUAGCUGCUAGCUUCAUUGUAUGUGUAGACUCACUCGAUCCAUCUCUGGUGUAUAUGGUGAACACGGUGAAAUAUACAUGUUGCCAAUGUUAAUAA